GGCAGAGGGACCCAGCAGAGACUAGCAAAGCCUGUAAGUCAUCACAUUCCAUCAGAAACAUCCAGAUGAAACCAGACGAAAAAGCACUUCAACAAUAUUCCUAAACAGCUGCUGGGACUGCUGAACUCAGAAACACAGCAAGAGAUCAUAUCUGAAUUAUGGCUCAGAGUGACUUCCUCUAUCCAGAUAACCCAAGGAGGCGGCAAGAAGUAAACCGUCUUCACCAGCAGCUCCUUGACUGCUUAUCGGACAGCUUCCACGCCACCAAUAAACUGACGGAGGUCUUAAAUACACACUUGGGUUGCAGUCUGGCCUCCAUUGAGAUGAAAAGAGAUGGGACCAUCAAAGAAAACUGUGAUAUCAUCAUCCAAGCCAUGAUGAAAAUCCAAAAGGAGUUGCAAAAGGUCGAUGAAGCACUAAAAGAGAAACUAGAGCCAACUCUCUACAGAAAACUUCAGGAUAUUAAGGAACGGGAAACAGAGAAAAUUGCAAUAGUACAAAAGGUUAUUUCAGUCAUCCUGGGAGAAGCUACUUCUGCAGCCAGUGCAGUGGCUGUAAAACUCGUGGGCUCAAAUGUCACAACUGGCAUAAUUAACAAGUUGGUCACUGUAUUAGCUCAAAUUGGUGCUUCUCUCCUUGGCAGUAUAGGAGUUGCUGUUCUUGGCCUUGGCAUAGAUAUGAUCAUCCGUGCCAUCCUGGGAGCAGUGGAGAAAACGCAGCUGCAAGCAGCCAUCAAAAGUUACGAGAAGCACCUGGUGGAAUUCAAGUCAGCCUCAGAAAAAUAUCAUCAAGCCAUUACUGAGGUCACCAACACAGUGAAACAUCAAAUGAAAUAAACAGCCACUUUAUGUGCCACUGGAAUAUUUUUCUUCUUCUCUCUCAAUAAUAGUUUUGCUUCUUUGAUUAGGUUCAUUUUCCUUAAGUUUCCAACAUAGGCAUAAAUACAGUAAACAACUGGGAAAUAGAAAUUAGAGAUGCUAAAACUAGACGACUCCAGUUUCCCAUUAACAAUGAAUGCCUGGAUCAGUGUGUGCUGGACCCUGUGGCGUAAAAGAUUCCAUGUCGGGACGUCUUCUCACUCUGCUCUACCAGAUGAAAAUUAGCGUAAAUGCUAUUGUAGAGCAGCAGGUGUAGGGGGUACCUUUUCCUUUUCUAAUUCCCAGUCAAAAUUCUUAAAAUUUACAUUGAAUGCAGAGACUUUCAUUUCUACCACCAGGUUUGGACAUCAUUUUGUUGAAAGGGGACAUACUUAGUAAAUUCUUCCUGGACACAAAUCCUGGGUCUUCAGAUGGAACAGAAUUACUACUGUAAUUUUUACUAUCAGUUUAAAUCAAAUUUUCUGUAAACUGGAAGAGACUGAAAUAAGGUUUGUAACAAUUUACUUCAAUGAUGAAAGGAGGCAAUGGUUCUGUAAACCACUAUUACACACCAUAAUCUGAAUGGAUUUGUAAAAGAUAAAAAUUAAAACUAGGUUCUGUUUCUACAGUUGCAAUCAACCCUGACUAACCGUGGUGUGAUUAAAUAUCCCUUAAGUGAAAGUUUGAACACUCUGGAACAUUUGAAAAACCAACAAGCAAAUCCUAGCUAUAAAUGCAUAAAAUGCAUUUAGGAUGCGGGAGAGGAAGUAGCUAGUCUUUUAAGAAUUUGUCAUUUAGAGGUGGGUCAAAAUUGAUCACCUUAUGGGUUUUCAGAAAAAAGAAAUUUCAUUUUCAAUACUAGCAGAAAGGAGGAAGUUGCCCCUGCUAUACAAAGCUUUAGGUGGCCCAUUUCACUAAUUGUCUAAUUUGAGAAAAAUUCAGAGGCUAUGGAGGCCUAAUGGUUCAGCUAAACUUCUGAAGAUGCAAAUGUCUGUUUUCUAAAUCCUUCACCCACUUUUAACUCCCCACUGACACUCAGGUUCUACUCACAAAAUUUUUAAUGAGCUGUUGAUGUAAGAAUGUGUGUGUUAUAGUUGAUUCUCGCAUCCAAGUUCAAGAAAUGUCUUGAAAUUUUAAAGGCUCA